UGGAGCAAAAGUUUUUUGUAGAAAGUGAGCUGCGGAGAUUUGGUCUACGAACUAUGAAUCUUUCUUCUAAGUGUAUUCGCUAACAGUUUCAACUUGGCCGAAACACAAAAAAGUAGGAUUCUUCCAUCCAAGCGUUUGUUUGUUUUUUUUUGUCUUUUGUGGCUGCGUGUGCUUUCUUUUUUUUUUUUUUUUUUUGGGAAAAGUUGGGGCCCGGACGGCAACAUAUAUUCCAGUGUGGAGUAGAUAUGCGCUUUGUUACAUUCACAAGUAUGCCAGCAAGAAACAAUAGGAAAACACUUUCUUUCACUUUAGAUUUUGACAGCUAACACACUUUGGAAGAAGAUAACUCGACUGUUAAACUUUAGAAUGACUCGAGAUAACUUUUAGUGAGUGUCGUCGAUAUUUCCUGUUUUCCUGCUGCGUGAAAAAAAAAAGUUUGGGAUUGGCUCAAACUUAUUUUUUGUGAGUUUCUGAUCGCGACAUUUUCGGACACAUAAAGUUUGCAGACUGUUUUGGGACAAUGGAUCCGAGCCAGCAUAACCCUCCUGCAGGACACCAAAUCGUCCAUGUACGGGGCGACUCUGAGACGGACCUGGAGGCGCUUUUUAACGCCGUGAUGAACCCGAAAAACACAAUCGUACCCCCUUCCGUACCCAUGAGGAUGAGAAAGCUGCCAGACUCCUUCUUCAAACCUCCUGAACCAAAGUCCCAUUCCAGACAAGCAAGCACUGAUGCUGGGAGUGGCGGAGCACUCACUCCCCACCAUGUCCGUGCACACUCUUCCCCUGCCUCCCUGCAGUUGGGAGCUGUAUCUGGUGGCUCCCUGGCUGGCAUGGGCCCACCAGGUGCCUCCCCUCAACAUCUCCGUCAGUCUUCUUAUGAGAUUCCUGAUGAUGUGCCCCUUCCCCAUGGGUGGGAGAUGGCCAAGACUGCAUCUGGCCAGAGAUACUUCCUCAACCACAUUGAUCAGACCACCACUUGGCAAGAUCCUCGCAAGGCCCUGCUCCAGAUGAACCAGGCUGCCCCACCCAGUUCUGUGCCAGUCCAGCAACAGAACAUUAUGAACCCAGCCAGUGGCCCACUCCCUGAUGGCUGGGAACAAGCUAUUACAUCAGAGGGAGAAAUUUACUACAUUAACCACAAGAACAAGACCACAUCCUGGCUUGACCCACGACUUGACCCACGCUUUGCCCUGAACCAGCAGAGGAUCUCCCAGAGUGCUCCAGUGAAGCAGGGAGGGCAGCUGCCCGUCAUGGGAGGCAACAACCAGAUGAGACUGCAGCAGAUCGAGAAGGAGAGGCUGAGACUGAAGCAACAGGAGCUGCUUCGGCAGAGACCACAGGAGCUCGCUCUAAGGAAUCAGCUGCCAACCAGUAUGGAUCAAGAUGGCAGUACGAACCCUGUGUCCUCCCCUAUGGCCCAAGAUGCCCGGACCAUGACUGCCAACAGCUCUGACCCAUUCCUCAACAGCGGGACCUACCACUCCAGGGAUGAGAGCACUGACAGCGGCUUGAGCAUGAGCAGCUACAGCGUCCCUCGCACUCCAGAUGACUUCCUCAACAGUGUGGACGAGAUGGACACAGGGGAACCUCUUCCACCCUCCAUGGCAACACAGCCCAGUCGUUUCCCUGACUAUCUGGAUGCCAUUCCGGGAACAGAUGUGGACCUAGGUACCCUAGAGGGUGAGAGCAUGGCGGUGGAGGGUGAAGAGCUGAUGCCUAGUCUGCAGGAGGCCCUGAGCUCUGACAUCCUCAACGACAUGGAGUCUGUGCUGGCAGCUACCAAGAUCGACAAGGAGAGCUUCCUCACAUGGUUAUAGAAGAUCAGAGCGGGGCGCUCCUUACUCCUCUCCGUACACUCUGAACUGCUGCCUGCUCUAAUCUGUGAAGGAUUCAUAGAUGCUUUUACAAGACAUUUCAGCAAGCGUCUCUGGACUUCUGUCUCUGUCUCGGCUUGUAAGGCCAACCUCCUUUGAGGCAGUAUUGUUCUGUUCUUUUCACUGGCGUGUAAUCUCUUUAUUUUGUCUGUGUCUUCAAGGCUGGCCCAUGAACAGACAAUUACGCAAGGGUCCCCAAAUCUUUCAGUCAGGUCUGUCAGUGAAUCUAGGGCAUCUUUACCUAGAGCAGGGUUGCUCCUUCCCUCUGGUCUCCCCUCAUAGCUGAGCAGUGCAUGUACUCACCUGUGAGGACCGCCGUCACUUAUCACGUGGAAUCACAGCACAACUUAAUGGAAUUUGGGACUGUUGCAUCUAGCUUAAGUAGCUUUACAUUUCGCCUUGUUUUUAUUCAUUUGUUUGUUUUUAAUGAGCCUGAAAAACCAAAAAUGAUGUAUUUGAAGCAUAAAGUACAAUACUGAUUUGGAGUAAAGGUAAUGUGAGGCCUAGUUUGGACAUGUUGGCUUUGCUUGGGGUGGGGGUGGGGGGGUUGGAGCCUGGGGACCGAUUACAUUGCUGCUUGGCUGUGCCAGCAAGUCUAAGUUAAACCUUGAUAGAUCAAGUGCCUUCAUUGUAUUUUUUGAGACACGAGCAACACAAACAAUUACUAAGUUUCUGUAAUACAGCAGUAAGCAUUAGGCUGUAUUCAUUUACAUCAACCACUCGUUCCUCUAUCUAAUGUUCAAUAAUCAAAAUUGUAUUUUUGUUUUAUAAACACAUUAUAAGGGGAUUUAGGGAUUUCUGUUGGUUUUUAAGCCCUAGCUUCUUUGUAUCUCAGUCUUAUCCAAGCCUAAUUCAUGAUUCAUUUUUUUGUUUUAUCUUUUUUUAGUAUUCUUUUAUUUUUAGGUUACUACAUAUGUAUGGUAGCUUAGAUCAAAUGGCAUUUGCUUGUUUUUAAUUUCUUUCAUAGAUGAAUUAAUACAUUUUAACAGGGUCGACUGUUAUCACAGCACAUCACUUCACCAAGAUGAAGCCUGCCAAGACACAGAUUGAUUCAGUUUGGGCGUUUUAACCAUUUAGCUGAUUCUCUUGUCGUCUCUGAUUUAUUUUAUACAUAUUAAUGUUAUUGUGUAUUUGUUGAUCACAUGCAGCUUUUACUAUCUUUCCUAAAAAAUUACCAAAAAGGCAGAUCUCUUGGCUAAACAGAAACUGUAGCUCUUUGAUCCAUUAAACCUUAUGACAAUGGACAGUAUACAACAGUUACAAUGUUUUAUACGAUCUUCCUAAGGAGGGAGCUGAAACCCUCUGCCCGAUGCUGUGUGUUGAAAUAAGGGGUUUAUAGACUACAGCUAGGAUAAGUUUAAGCAGGUUUAAGAGUCAUGUUGAGGGGCAGUGUAGAAGGCCAGGGUUUGACUGACGGCAGUGAGUUUCACAGAUUGUUGAUUUUUUGUGUGUGAAAUAAUUAAGAAACAAUCAGUAAUUAGCUCAGUCAGGAAUUGAUGUGGCAGAUUCCAAAGAUGUUUUUGUAAUAACGGCAACACUUAUAUUCGCUUCCAUUUUCACAGAAUCCAGAAACAGUAUGAUUUGUAAAUCAGCUUCUGUAUGAACACACUGUAUAAGCUAAUGAGAAAAUGAUGUGGGUUGAAAGUGUUAAUGGACACAUCUGAAUAGAUCUAGCUGAGAGAUUCUAUUUUAAAAUUUUUUAAGGCGAGAUGGUUGUUUUGAGUGACUAACUGAGAUUUAAGGAUGAGGUUUCAGGACAGAGAAGCAAGUGAUUCUUUAAGUGCUCACAUGUUUACAUUCUCACUGAGCAAGAAACUGCUACAGCCACAGUGGAGACAACACACUGACAAUUCUCUCAUAAUCACAUUAUUUUGAUGUUUACAGCAUGACUGCAUCUUUGCAUCAGUGCAGUAACCUUUGAAUAAUCACCCUGCCGUGCAUGCCCUUGGUUGAGGACUUGGAGGAUGUCACAGUGAUUCUCUUGCCAACCAAUAUUUAAUUGGUAGCAUUAACUUGAUGGAACAAUUUUUUAGAGCAGAGAACAAGAACAUUUUUUUAUUCUGUGUGAGAAAAACUCUUUAGUUUUGAUUUUACUGAUCAUUAAAUUGUGUUGAUUAUGGAUCUGAGAUGGUUAAACAGUGUUGGUGAGAACAAUGCAACUAAAAUGAGUGGUACACUACAGUGCUUGUAUUGCACGUCUACAGAGUUUUCAUUUUGAUGCAAUGACGCAUUUUGUCACACAAACCUGAUUUUAUGCUUACCUAGUGUGUAACUGUCAGAGCAUAUUAGCUGUUGACUGUCAUUGUAGCAGUAGAACUAAUCACACACAUUAAAGGGUUUUGUAUUUAGAGUUUUCUAAAUGCACAUGAAAUGAAUUUAUAUUCAGUAACGAUCUGUUCAUUUUUUGAUAGAUAUGUGCAUGUGUUUUAGAACAAUAAAUUCUGUUACAUUAUAUCUUGCUUCCUAUGAUAUUUUGAAAUUGGCCUGUAAUAAAGUAUAUACUUUGUGGUAAUA